AUGUCGGCCGCUGCCGCCAUUUCUCAGCCCAUGGCCGCCGCCGGAAAGCCGCCGUUCAAGUCUCCCGGCCUCUCUCUUGCACUACAAACGGGUAUGGAGGGCGGACAAAGAGAUCACCAGUUGGGUGUUAGAAAUAUUGGUUCAAACAUCAGUAUUAACAACUUUAAUAAUGGUGAUUAUGAGAAUGUUCGUAAUCUGAAUGGCUUGGGGAGGGUUAGAAGCCGGGACGAAUUGGAUGUGGAGAGCAGAUCUGGGAGCGACAACAUGGACGGAGGCGGCGGCGGCGGCUCCGGCUCCGGCGACGACCACGACGGCUCCGACAAGCCUCCGAGGAAGAAAAGAUACCACCGACACACUCCUCAGCAAAUCCAAGAACUUGAAACUCUUUUCAAGGAGUGCCCUCAUCCAGAUGAGAAGCAAAGGCUGGAGCUUAGCAGAAGGCUUUGCUUGGAGACAAGGCAAGUCAAGUUUUGGUUUCAAAACAGAAGAACUCAGAUGAAGACCCAGAUCGAGCGACACGAGAACUCCAUCCUCCGGCAAGAAAACGACAAGCUUCGAGCCGAGAACAUGAACAUCAAGGAUGCCAUGCGGAACCCCAUCUGCACGAACUGCGGCGGGCCCGCCUUGAUCGGCGAGAUCUCCCUCGAAGAGCAGCACCUCAGGGUCGAGAACGCCCGGCUGAAAGACGAGCUAGACCGCGUGUGCGCCCUCGCCGGCAAGUUCUUGGGCCGGCCCAUUUCAUCCUUGGGCCCCCCGCUCGUGCCCAGCUCGAGCCUGGAGCUGGGGGUUGGCAGCAACGGGUUCGUGGGCCUGAACAUGCUCUCCUCAGGCCUGCCAUUGGGCCCACCCGACUUCCAGCAGCCCGUGAUGCUGCCGCCCCAGGUGAAAGGUUCGGUUGGGGUGACUCCGAUUGAACGGUCUUUGGAGAGGUCGAUGUAUUUGGAGCUUGCUCUGGCGGCAAUGGGCGAGUUGGUGAAAAUGGCCCAGAUGGAUGGGCCCGUUUGGGUCGGGGGGUUAGAAGGGGGAAGGGAUGUUUUGGACCGUGACGAGUAUUUGAGGACUUUCAGCCCUUGCAUUGGGAUGAGGCCAAACGGGUUUGUGAGUGAGGCUUCGAGAGAGACUGGUAUGGUUAUAAUCAACAGUUUGGCGCUGGUCGAGACGUUGAUGGACUCGAACAAAUGGGCAGAGAUGUUUCCUUGUAUAAUUGCAAGGACCACAACUACUGAUGUGAUCUCAGAGGGUAUGGGAGGAACAAGGAAUGGUGCACUUCAGCUGAUGCAAGCCGAGCUACAAGUUCUAUCACCAUUAGUUCCCGUACGAGAGGUCCAUUUCCUCCGGUUUUGCAAGCAACACGCGGAGGGCUUGUGGGCCGUGGUUGAUGUGUCGAUCGACACCAUACGAGAAGCUUCCAGUGGCGGGCCCACUUAUCCGAGCUGCCGCAGGCUCCCGUCAGGCUGUGUGGUGCAAGACAUGCCCAAUGGCUAUUCAAAGGUCACAUGGGUCGAACACGCUGAAUACGACGAGAGCCAUGUCCACCACCUCUAUCGCCCGUCGAUCGCCACCGGCCUUGGCUUUGGUGCCCGCCGAUGGGUCGCCACUCUUCAACGCCGAUGCGAGUGCCUCGCCAUUCUAAUGUCCUCCUCCUCCUCCGCCUCCCGAGACCACUCCGCAAUCACAGCUGGCGGCCGCCGGAGCAUGCUGAAGCUGGCGCAGCGCAUGACCAACAACUUUUGCGCGGGAGUUUGCGCCUCGACCGUCCACGAGUGGAGCAAGUUGGGCUCGGGAAAUGUCGACAAGGAUGUCCGUGUGAUGACUCGGAAGUCGUUGGACGACCCGGGGGAGCCGCCCGGGGUAGUGUUGAGCGCGGCCACGUCCGUGUGGCUUCCGGUGUGCCCCCAGCGGCUGUUUGACUUUCUUAGAAACGAGCAUUUGAGGAGCGAGUGGGACAUACUCUCCAACGGGGGGCCCAUGCAGGAGAUGGCACACAUAGCCAAGGGUCAAGAUCAGGGGAAUUGCGUUUCCCUCCUCCGUGCCGGCGCGAUGAACUCAAGCCAGAACAGCAUGCUGAUACUGCAGGAGACGUGCACGGACUCGUCCGGUUCGCUUGUGGUUUACGCCCCGGUCGAUAUCCCCGCCAUGCACGUGGUGAUGAACGGCGGGGACUCCGCCUACGUGGCGCUGCUCCCCUCGGGAUUCGCGAUCUUGCCCGACGGGCCCAACAGCCGGGACGGGCCUGGCGGUUCGCUGCUAACGGUGGCCUUCCAGAUACUGGUGAACAGCCUGCCCUCGGCCAAGCUCACGGUGGAGUCCGUGGAGACCGUCAACAACCUCAUCUCGUGCACCGUCCAGAAAAUCAAGGCAGCACUCCAGUGA